CACUCGUCCGGGGCCCCGCGGGGCCGGGCCCGGAGUCGGCAUGAAUCGCUGCUGGGCGCUCUUCCUGUCUCUCUGCUGCUACCUGCGUCUGGUCAGCGCCGAGGGGGACCCCAUUCCCGAGGAGCUCUACGAGAUGCUGAGUGACCACUCGAUCCGCUCCUUUGAUGACCUCCAGCGCCUGCUGCAUGGAGCCUCCGUAGAUGAAGACGGGGCCGAGUUGGACCUGAAUUUGACCCAGUCCCAUUCUGGCAGCGAGCUGGAGGAGAGCUUAUCCAGAGGGAGAAGGAGCCUAGGUUCCCCGACAGUCGCCGAGCCGGCCAUGAUCGCCGAGUGCAAGACGCGCACGGAGGUGUUCGAGAUCUCGCGGCGCCUCAUAGACCGCACCAACGCUAACUUCCUGGUGUGGCCGCCGUGCGUGGAGGUGCAGCGCUGCUCCGGCUGCUGCAACAACCGCAACGUGCAGUGCCGCCCCACCCAGGUGCAGCUGCGGCCCGUCCAGGUGAGAAAAAUCGAGAUUGUACGGAAGAAGCCAACCUUUAAGAAGGCCACGGUGACCCUGGAGGACCACCUGGCAUGCAAGUGUGAGACAGUGGUGGCUACUCGACCCGUGACCAGAAGCCCGGGGAGUACCCAAGAGCAGCGAGCAGCCAAGACACCCCAAACUCGGGUGACCAUUCGGACAGUGCGAGUCCGCCGGCCCCCCAAGGGGAAGCACCGGAAGUUCAAGCACACGCAUGACAAGAAGGCACUGAAGGAGACCCUCGGAGCCUAGGGGCAUCUGCAGGAGAGUGUGGGCAGGGUUAUUUAAUAUGGUAUUUGCUGUAUCGCCCCCAUGGGGUCCUUGGAGUGAUAAUAUUGUUCCCCUCGUCCGUCUGUCUCGAUGCCUGAUUCGGACGGCCAAUGGUGCUUCCCCCCCUUCCGCGCGUCCGUCCACCCACCAGCGGGUCCACUCAUUGGCCUCCAGCGCCUUGCCCAGCAGCUCGAGAAGGAAACGGAGGACCUGAGCUCCAUGGCUGUCUUCCUCCGCCAACCCCGACCACCUGGGAGAGAAGCAGAAGAGAGACCAGCGGGCCCACUGUUCCCCGGCUCCCCGCCCGGGUCACACCUGUGUGCUGUGGACUGGCCCGAAGCCCUGCACAAGGUCCAAAGACCCUCUAGAUGUGGGUGGCCUACCUGGUCCCAGGACUCCGGCCAGCUCUGAAGGGAACCCCCCAGGCAGGCCAGGCUACCUUGUACUCCUGUGGCUGAGACCACUCGGGGGAGCACGAACUGGAGAAAAGCCCUCCCACAGCGCCCAGGCCCAGUCACUUCUCCCUGGUCGCCUCUGCUUGCCAUGGCUUCCUUUUGUUUUCUACACCUGAGAUCUUUGACGGUGUGGACUCCUCUGGGUGGGCGUGACCCGAGCACCAGGCAGCCAGGUGCCCCCUCAGAUGGGUUAGAGACGAAGUUUGCUCUGGAGCUGACACGGAUGGUGACCUGGGCAUUCACUGCCUCCUUCCACUACCCCCCACCUUCACUUUCUCUGUUUUAUCUCUACCUCCACCCUGUAUCUUCCUCUUGUCCUGGCCAUCAGUCUGCUCCACCAAGGGUCUCUUGGACCCCAUGCUUCUGCUCCAUCAGGCAGAAGACCAGGGGUCAGGGCAGCAGGGGGCCUGCCUGUCAUAUCCCAGCCCAGCCAAGACUGCCAUGUAGGUUCAUGCAGGGUGUGCACUGCACAAGGGCACUGCCUGCAGGGAUCAUGGUUCACACUGUAGAACGUGGACAGUUUUUGUAUUUAUUAGGACCAUCUUCUGGCAGAAAGAGAUAAAAACGUCUAGAGAAAGGGAUCCUUUUCCUAACUGACAAAGGCUCCACAUGAACUGGCUGUGCCCUGACCUGGCCAAUGGCUCGGAAUGGCUGGACAAGAGCAAGCCCACAUUGGGUGGGGAGGCAACACUGUUGUCCAUCUGGUCUCCGUUUUCCUGAGUCCUCAGCUCAAGCAGUUCCCCUUCCAGGCAGGUGUGAAAAACCCAAGAGAAAGUCUCCAAGGGAAGGGGCAGCCCUUCUCUCUCCCUGCACACUCCCCCCAUAUUAGAUUCUUUUGAGUUCCACUACUGGUAGCUCCUUCCAGGAAACCAGCUCAUGGGCUGGGAGUUGGGGAGAAAAGGGAAAAGAUCCCCACGGCUCCCUGGAGUGGGGUCUGAACUCCCACCUCCCUCCCCACCUUCGACUGCACUUUCCUCCCUACUCCCCCCUCCUCCAAACUCUGCUUCCUUCAGUUUGUAAAGUUGGUGAUUAUAUUUUUUGGGGGCUUUCCUUUUAUUUUUUAAAUGUAAAUUUAUUUAUAUUCCGUAUUUAAAGUUGUA